GUCAGUAGUCGUUGCAAAGUGCGCGUGUAAACUAAACGAGUACAACUAACGGUAUUAAGUGCGAACAGUGCGAACAAUGAUUCUAAAAACCAUUUUUGGUUCAAGCCACAAGCUGGUGUUCUUGGCUUUUGUGGCGUUGUUUUCCAUACAGUCGUGCGUUUUGGCGGUCGAGUUUCCCGAACCCGUAGCGAAAUGUCACUUUGCCGAUGAAAAAUGCAUGAUCGAGCAAGGGCACAAGUUAAUGAAAAAGGCGGCUACAGGUGUACCCGAAAGGGGUAUACCAGCUCUGGAACCACUGAAGUUGGAUAAAAUCGAAAUGUUGGGCGAUAAAAAUAACGCAUUAAAAGUGGACCUGGUAAUGAGCGAUGUUGAGUUCCAUAAUUAUACGAAAGCGCGGAUCACAGCAAUUAAAGGCUUCAGCAAAGAUCUCAGCAAACCCAUGAAAAUAGUCUCGCAAAAUGUCAACCCCCGCAUUACUAUAAAAUCGAAAUAUAAAAUCAGUGGCAAUAUACUUGUGUUGCCUAUUAGAGGCGAGGGUGAACUCACGAUGGUCUUGGACAAUGUGAAAACUCGCUUUACGACCACACUUAAAGCGGAGGAACGUGAUGGCAAACAUUACUUGCAUGUAGAUACUCUCAAAGUCGAAACACAAGUAGAUAAUGUUCACACCGACAUGACAAAUCUCUUCAAUGGCGACAAAACACUCUCUGACAGCAUACUCCAGGUAAUGAACGAGAAUUGGCGCUUACUCAGUGAUGAUCUAACGCCGGUAAUCAACGAGGCUUUAGGAAAUAAAAUGAAAGAAUUGUUAAGCAAAUUCUUCAAAGAUAUACCAUAUGAAGAUUAUUUUUUAACGGAUUAAUAAGAGUGUGUAAUAAAAAUCUUGAAGAUAAUACAAAAAUUA